CUUGUCUCGGACGCCGAGGAGGUGGACACGCGCCGCCUGGUGGCCGAGCAGAACAAGAAGAAGAGGAAGUCUGGCGGCUUUCAGUCCAUGGGCUUCAGCAAUUCUGUAUACAAGGGCAUUGUCAAGCGGGGCUACAAGAUCCCAACACCUAUUCAGAGGAAGUGUAUUCCUGUGAUCCUGGAGGGCAAGGACGUGGUGGCCAUGGCUCGCACGGGCAGCGGCAAGACGGCCUGUUUCCUGCUGCCGAUGCUGGAGAAGCUGCAGGUGGCGUCAGCCAUGUCUGGCGCGCGGGCUCUGGUCCUCUCCCCCACCAGGGAGCUGGCGCUGCAGACGCUGCGCUUCACCAAGGAGCUGGGCCGCUUCUCCAACCUGCGGGCGGCCGCCGUGCUGGGAGGCGACUCGAUGGAGGGUCAGUUCUCGGCGCUGCACGAGAAGCCCGACAUCAUCAUCGCCACGCCGGGCAGGUUCGUGCACGUGUGUGUGGAGAUGGAGCUGCGGCUGGAUGCGGUCGAGUACGUGGUGUUCGAUGAGGCGGACCGGCUGUUCGAGAUGGGCUUCGCCGAGCAGCUGCGCGAGAUCCUGGCUCGGCUGCCUGAUGCCCGACAGACUCUGCUCUUCUCGGCCACGCUGCCCGGCAUGUUGGUGGAGUUUGCUCGCGCCGGCCUCACCGACCCUGUCCUGGUCAGAUUGGACGUGGAGACGAAGCUCUCCGAGCAGCUGAGCCUGGCGUACCUGCGCUGUCGCGACGACGAGCGCAGCCUGCUGCUGCUGCACCUGCUGGAGAACGUGGUGCCCGCCGGCCAGCAGACGGUGGUGUUCGCCGCCACCAAGCACCACGUCGAGUACAUCCGGCUGCUGCUGGAGCGGGCCGGCCUCAGCUGCACGUUCCUGUACUCUGACCUGGACCCGGCCGCGCGCAAAAUCAACACGGACAAGUUCCGUCACAAGAGGGUCAAUGUGCUGGUGGUGACUGAUGUAGCGGCGCGUGGUAUCGACAUCCCCCACCUGGACAACGUCAUCAACUACAACUUUCCGGCCAAACCCAAGCUGUUCGUGCACAGAGUCGGUCGUGUUGCCCGCGCUGGUCGGCCAGGGACGGCUUACUCGAUCCUCAUCCACAACGAGCUGCCCUAUCUGCUCGACCUGUACCUGUUCUUGGGCUCCAAACUGACGUUCACACCCAGCACCAACCUAGACAAGGAGGUCAACUGGCACGGCUACCUGGGCUCCAUACCGCAGGAGCUAGUGGACGUGGACUCGGAGCGGAUUCAGCUGUGGCAUGACACCUCCAACGACCUGCGGGCGGCGCUGAAGAGCAGCCAGAACGCGUUCAAGCAGUACCUGCGCUCGCGGCCGGCGGCGAGCGCGGCCAGCGUGCGCCGCAUGAAGGAGGAGGCGGCCCGGCCGCUGGGCGUGCAUCCGGUGCUGCGGCCGGCCGGCGCCACGGCCGGCGCCGACGAGCGCGCCCGGCUCAUAGACGCCGUGCGCGGCUACAAGGCGUCCCGGACCAUAUUCGAAGUGGGCGUUACUUCUCACCAAAACAGCGCCAAGGUGAUGAAGGCCAAGCGGAACAGGGAUGAGCACGUCAUUGAACGUGCCGUCGCCAAGCGCAAGGCGGCUGAGCUCGAGGACGGCGACGAGCAGCAGGAGGGUGAGCGUGGCAUGCGUGUGCUGAGCCGCUGCUGCCCUUCAUUGCCAGCGGCGGCGGCGCGCGACGAGCAGAACUACAUCCCGUACCAGGCCAAGGAUCACCACACCGAGGCCGGGUACUCGGUGACGAGCGCGUUUGAGCGCGAGGCGAGCACUGCCCUUCUGGACCUCGCCAUGGAUGACGACACGCGCCACCGCCGCCAGGCUAAUGCCAAACACUGGGAUCCCAAGAAGAAGAAAUAUGUCGGCAAUUCAAAUGACGGCAAGAACAAGAAGAUCCGGACCGAGUCGGGCGUCUGGAUCCCGGCCACGUUCCAGAAGGCCGGCAAGUACGACGAGUGGAAGAAGAAGACGCAGCUGGACGCGCAGGACUCCGACUCCGACGAGGGUCACCAGCGGAAGGGCGGUCGCGGCCUCAAAGUGAUCCGGCACCGUAAGAACCAGUCGCGACCGGCGCUGGGCGGCGGGCCGGCACACGCCAAGCGGCCCGAGAUGCGCUCCUCCGACCAGAUCCUCAAGCAGCGCGAUCUUACGGAGAGAAGGCGAAAUAGAAGUACCGUCGGCGUCGGCAAGGGGCGCGGAGGCAAGUCGCGUGGCGGCAAGACCGGCGGAGGCAAGGCCGGCGGUGCCGCGGGCAGAGGGGGCGGACAGAUGGACGAUAUUCACGCAAGCCGAGUCGAGGUCGUCCAGACCUGA